GGGCUGGGGGGAGAAAGCCCGAGAGCAGGGUUCGGUGCCUUUUCCUCUGUCCCCAGCCGGUGCCCGGAGCCCCCCUCCCCUUCCUCCCCACCCCCUCCCCUCCCCGGCCCUGCCCUCCCCCUUGUCCCGGGAUCGCUCCGUCGCACCCACCAUGAUGGAAGACGACGGGCAGCCCCGGACUCUACACACACAAGCUAAGACAUAUGGUUCUAUCAUCAGAAAACAAUAUGGUGUUUAUAGCCUAGAUACGUAGGUAACCUCUCCAGAGAUGUGACAGAAGUUCUUAUUCUUCAGUUAUUCAGUCAGAUUGGACCCUGUAAAAGCUGUAAAAUGAUCACAGAGCAACCCGAUAGCAGAAGGGUCAACUCUUCUGUUGGAUUUUCUGUUUUGCAGCAUACAAGCAAUGACCCAUAUUGCUUUGUGGAAUUUUAUGAACACAGAGAUGCAGCUGCUGCAUUAGCUGCUAUGAAUGGGAGAAAAAUUUUGGGAAAGGAGGUCAAAGUAAACUGGGCAACAACACCAAGUAGCCAGAAAAAAGAUACUUCCAAUCAUUUCCACGUGUUUGUUGGAGAUUUGAGUCCAGAAAUUACAACAGAAGAUAUCAAAUCAGCAUUUGCCCCCUUUGGUAAAAUAUCGGAUGCCCGAGUAGUUAAAGACAUGGCAACUGGAAAAUCCAAAGGCUAUGGCUUUGUGUCUUUUUAUAAUAAACUGGAUGCAGAAAAUGCAAUUGUGCAUAUGGGAGGUCAGUGGUUGGGUGGUCGUCAGAUCAGAACCAAUUGGGCUACACGUAAACCCCCUGCACCUAAAAGUACACAAGAAAAUAACACUAAGCAGCUGAGAUUUGAAGAUGUAGUAAACCAGUCAAGUCCAAAAAACUGUACUGUGUACUGUGGAGGAAUUGCUUCUGGCUUAACAGAUCAGCUUAUGAGGCAGACCUUCUCACCAUUUGGGCAAAUUAUGGAAAUCCGAGUUUUUCCAGAAAAGGGCUAUUCAUUUGUCAGAUUUUCUACCCAUGAAAGUGCGGCUCAUGCUAUUGUUUCGGUGAAUGGUACUACAAUUGAAGGACAUGUUGUUAAAUGCUAUUGGGGUAAAGAAUCUCCUGAUAUGACUAAAAACUUUCAACAGGUUGACUAUAGUCAGUGGGGCCAGUGGAGCCAAGUUUAUGGAAACCCACAACAGUAUGGACAGUAUAUGGCAAAUGGGUGGCAAGUACCGCCUUACGGGGUGUACGGGCAGCCGUGGAAUCAACAAGGGUUUGGAGUAGAUCAAUCACCUUCAGCUGCUUGGAUGGGUGGAUUUGGUGCUCAGCCUCCCCAAGGACAAGCCCCUCCCCCUGUAAUACCUCCUCCCAACCAAGCUGGAUAUGGCAUGGCCAGUUACCAAACACAGUGAGCGGGGACUCUAAACAAAAUGUAAUUCAUGAUAGCUUCAAUUUCCUUGUGACACUCUGAAGACAUGAAAGUAGACAUCGGAAAAUGAAAAUAUUUAUUUUAAAAAUUGAAAUGUUUGGAACCUUUAGCACAGCUUUGCUUUGGUGAAGGACACAUGUCUUCUAGUUCUGCCUUUUUAAGUUUUUGUUCAUGAUGGAUAUGAACAUGAUUUUUCUUUGUGUAUAAAAACUAAAAUAAAGUGAAUAAAAAAUUCUGACUACAAAUUUUGAUAUAAUAGGAGAAAUGGGUAAUACAUUUUGAUUCUUAGAUACUAUUCCAUUUUUAUCUUGCUGUUCAGUAUUUUAACUCACUGUGUUUUUAAAAGAGCAAAAAAGGGAGGAUCGUGAAAAACUGGGAAUCAUAUAUAAGUUCAUCCUGAAUUUUGAUACUCCCCUCCCCUCCCCCGAGGUGGACCACAUUCGAAGUCAGCAGGAAAAAACAGUGAUAUUGAGAAGAAAUGCAUGACUUUGGAGUCGCUUUGGAGGAAAUACUUUCUCUGUGCCUAAAGAAACUGAAACCAGACUGAUAAAAGAAAUUUUGUAACCUAAAUAAGGAACAGCAUUGUCUGACUUACUUGAGCAAAUGUUGGUGGUCCACAUUAAGACAUAUUUUUAAAACUUUAAAAAGUGUUCAUAAUUAAAACUGUAGUAAACUACAUUUCAUUUUGGGGGGAAAAUCCCAAAUAUGGUGUUUGUAUUAAAGUCAGACAGUCAUACCUAUGCUUUUACAUGAAGUUUAAAUGAUAUACAUUGUAAAUAUUGAAUACAGUGUUUUAAAAGCAUGCUUCAACAUAGAAGUAGCAACAAUGUAAUUAUUUGAAGUAACACUUAACACACUCCACUGCAUUGAAUGCAAUGGAUGAAUAAGAAUGUUUAAGACUGACAUUUCCAAGGUUGGCUACUAUGUAAGAUUAAAAUUCUACAAAUGACAGAAAAAGCCUUAAUUUUAAUUUCAUACAAAUCUGAUGCAUUAGUACAUUUUAAAAUGUCAUUGGAAAUUAGAUUUUUUUUUUCUUUUUUCUGUUUUUGCUUUACAUCAUCUGGUAUGUAAAUACCUUGAUUAAAACCUUGUAAGCCUAUUUCAAGGUUCCUAUAAGUUGUAUAGUACAAGUGUUUUUAAAAAAUCUUGGGGUGUUUUUUAAAAUUAGAUAUAUUUUGCCCAAGAAUUUUUUUAACAAGAUUGUUAAAACAUCUUAUUUAGACAGUUUGAUGUACCAAUUUAUAAUUGGAUAUUCAGCUUAAAUAGUACACAGAGUUGUGACUUUUAUUUUUAAUUAAUUUUUUCCUUGUGGGUAGUGUGCAUGGGAUGACAAGUCUGAACAGAGGCUGAGCUGUAUGAGUGCAGAGUUUGUAAAUGAUUCGAUUGGGUAAGAUUAACACUUGAUUCUGAGGUAUUUUUCAGGCCAUGUGCAUACAGUCUGCCUCAAAUUUCUAUCAUAACAGGAAUGUAAAAGAGAUAAAAAUUCUAUCUAUUCGAAUUUUGACAGCUAGGGGGUGCAAAUGUUUAGGCAGUGUAUUUGAAAUGUUUUGAAGUCUGGAAACCAAAAUGAAAAAAACUCUUUACAGUUACACUAUAAGAUACAGUUAGCACCCACAAAUUACUGGUUCUUAAACUUUUGAAGUCUUACAAUUAGCUUUAAAAUAAUGGUUUUGUAAGUUGGUCUCCACAGUAAUUUUGGUAUUUUCCUUCUUCCCCCAUUUAGAACUUCAUUAAAUAUGAAAAUUUGCAGAGUCCUAAGUUGUUCGUCUUCAGGCCAAAUUUUUUAUGGCACUUUAGUUUUAACCACAGUACUCAUUUAUUACAUUCAUCUAUUAUAAAAUUUACCCUUAUUUCUUUUGUUCAUGGUUAGUAUCUUUGGGGGAUGUUUUGGAAAAUUUACUUUAUACUUUAUAAGGAGAACACUCAAAUUAUAUCAAUUACGCCUCCUAGUUAAAAUUUUCUUAAAUAUAUGUGAAACUUGAACUAAACUCUGAGUUUGCCUUUUUCGGUCUGCCAGUAAAUUAAGUAGCUUGUUGCAACACCAGACUAGUUAAUACUGCAUAGGAAACAUAUGACUGAAAUCUUUUCAUCUUAAUCUGAAAGAACAAGAUUACGUGCUCAGUUCAGUUAAUGGAAAUUAUUAAUAUUUCUUAUUAAAUGGUUUUUAAAAUAUAAAGCUACUUAUCCAAAUGAAAUGUACCAUUUUAAAAUACAACUAUCAAGCUAACACAGACUCAAGAACUAUUUUAUAACCCAGAGUGAAGUCAGUGCUAUCUUGAUCCAAUUUAAGCCUAAGAAUCGUUGCCUUUUCCAUGUUCAUUAAAAACAGCAGCAGAGAUUCUUUGGCAAGCAAGAAAAUGUUUAUUUCAUAAUCACUUUGAGAUUUAUUUUUGGUGAUGUGUUUCUGCCUACCACCUUCUUUGCUCUGAUCUCUCUACUAGUAUUUCCCCUCAUGCCAUUCCCACUUUCAUGUCUGCUGGCAGUGAGAGGCUGAAAUGACUGGCCAACUUAAGCCAAAGCUGUAAACCACAGUUGAAGUAAGUCUUUCAAUAAAGACUAGACUAUAUGAUGA